UCUGCAGUCCGCGGGAGGCAGAAGCUGGAGGGUCGCCAGGAGUUCCAAGCCAACCUGAACUACUUUGCGCUCCCCUGCCUUGAAAACCAAGGACCACCCAGAGCCGCACCCAGCCCUUCGCUGCCCGCGGGAAGGUGCUGUCGCCCGCUGCAGGACCCGGCCUCUGAAGCCUCCGGGACCCGGCCGCCACCCCCGGGGGGAGCGAGGCGCAGGCAGCCCAGCCGGCUGGCCCGCGAACCGCCCCGAUGGCGUCCCUGGCGGCGGCGCUGGCGCGGCUGCAGGCCGAGACCAAGUGCUCCGUGUGCCUGGACCCCCUGAGCGACCCGGUCACCAUCGAGUGCGGACACAACUUCUGCCGCGCCUGCAUCCGGCAGAGCUGGGCCGACCUGACGGAGCGCUUCCCCUGCCCCGUGUGCCGCUUCGAGUGCGAGGACUGCUACUACCGCAGCAACGUGCAGCUCGGCCGCAUGGUGCAGAUCGCGCGCAGGCUGCACGGCAGCCGGGGCCGGCGGCGGC